GAAGUCCUGUUGCCUGAGAGUAGUCGUUUGAUUUUUGCUAGUCUGUAUGCAUUGUUUAUGUACAGACUUUACUGUUUUUCUCUCAGAAGCAUCUCCUCCUACCCCGAGCCUCACACUAUUGGGGUUUCGUUUGUUUUACAUCUUGGUUGGAGGGGGCUCUUUCUCCGGAAAAUAAAAGACAACGGAUCUGGCUCCAGUCCAGGACGGAGAGCAUAAAGCCUAAUUCACAAGGAGAGCACGUGAGUUCUGCUCUCCGUGGGACUCAGCCCAGAGAGGCCGUGGAAAUCUCUACAUGUCAGUCCACGCAACCUAAACUGGCAAAAGGAACGCUUUGCCUCUCCAGACCCAGACCCCGGAACAGAAUUCGGCCAACCACAGCCAAGAAGGCAAAGCACGCAGGCGCAGACAGAGAAGCGGGUAGUAGAAGGCUGGCGGACGGGCGCGCGCACUCGGCGACCAGGAGAGGCGGGAGCGCGCGUUGGGGGCGGGCACUGAAGCUCUGGCUUGGGGUUCAGCGGGUCGUAGGGCUCCGGGCCCUUCGGUCUCGGCCAUGGCUCACAGGCCGAAAAGGACUUUUCGGCAGCGCGCUGCCGAUUCCAGCGACAGCGAUGGCGCCGAGGAGUCGCCUGCUGAGCCUGGGGUGCCGAGAGAAGUUGCGGCCCCAGGUUCUGCGGAGGAAGGGCCGCCCUCUGGAGGAGGCCGCGCGCGGGUGGCAGGACGGCCUCACCGGGUUCGGGGCCCUCGUGGCCGGGGCCGGGUCUGGGCGAGCUCCCGGCGCGCCAAGGAAGCGGCUCCCCGCGCGGACGAAGGCUCAGAAUCCAGAGUCCUUGGUGUGUCCACAGAUGAAGAGGAUGAAAUACAUCACUCCUCAGAAAGUAAGGAUGAUCAGGGUUUGUCUUCUGACAGCUCUAGCUCUCUUGGAGAAAAAGAACUUUCAUCAACAGUUAAGAUCCCAGAUGCAGCUUUUAUUCAGGCAGCCCGCAGAAAACGUGAAUUGGCCAGAGCCCAAGAUGACUAUAUUUCUUUGGAUGUAGAACAUACCUCUACCGUCUCUGGUAUGAAGAGAGAGAGUGAAGAUGACCCUGAGAGUGAGCCUGAUGACCAUGAAAAGAGAAUACCAUUUACCCUAAAACCUCAAACAUUUAGACAAAGGAUGGCUGAGGAAUCAAUAAGUAGAAAUGAAGAAACAAGUGAAGAAAGUCAGGAAGAUGAAAAACAGGAUAUUUGGGAACGACAACAAAUGAGAAAAGCAGUUAAAAUCAUAGAGGAAAGAGACAUAGAUCUUUCCCAUGGCAGUGGAUCUUCAAAAGUGAAGAAAUUUGAUACCUCCAUUUCAUUUACACCAGUAAAUUUGGAAAUUAUAAAGAAGCAAUUAAAUACUAGAUUAACAUUACUACAGGAAACUCACCGCUCACACCUGAGGGAGUAUGAAAAAUAUGUACAAGAUGUCAAAAGCUCAAAGAGUACCAUCCAGAACCUAGAGAGUUCAUCAAAUCAAGCUCUAAAUUGUAAAUUCUAUAAAAGCAUGAAAAUUUAUGUGGAAAAUUUAAUUGACUGCCUUAAUGAAAAGAUUAUCAACAUCCAAGAAAUAGAAUCAUCCAUGCAUGCACUCCUUUUAAAACAAGCUAUGACCUUUAUGAAACGCAGGCAAGAUGAAUUAAAACAUGAAUCAACGUAUUUACAACAGUUAUCACGCAAAGAUGAGAUGUCCACAAGUGGAAACUUAGCAGUAGAUGAAAAAACUCAGUGGAUUUUAGAAGAGAUUGAAUCUCGAAGGACAAAAAGAAGACAAGCAAGGAUGCUUUCUGGGAAUUGUAACCAUCAGGAAGGGACAUCUAGUGAUGAUGAACUGCCUUCAGCAGAGAUGAUUGACUUCCAAAAAAGCCAAGGUGACAUUUUACAGAAACAGAAGAAAGUUUUUGAAGAUGUGCAUGAUGAUUUUUGUAACAUCCAGAAUAUUUUGUUGAAGUUUCAGCAAUGGCGAGAAAAGUUUCCUGACUCCUAUUAUGAAGCUUUCAUUAGUUUGUGCAUACCAAAGCUUUUAAAUCCCCUAGUACGAGUUCAGUUGAUUGACUGGAAUCCUCUUAAGUUGGAUUCCACAGGUUUAAAAGAGAUGCCAUGGUUCAAAUCCGUAGAAGAAUUUAUGGAUAGCAGUGUAGAAGAUUCAAAGAAGGAAAGUAGUUCAGAUAAAAAAAUCUUGUCUGCAAUCAUCAACAAAACAAUUAUUCCCCGACUUACAGACUUUGUAGAAUUCCUUUGGGAUCCUUUGUCAGCCUCACAGACAACAAGUUUAAUAACACAUUGCAGAGUGAUUCUUGAAGAACAUUCCAUUUGUGAAAAUGAAGUUAGUAAAAGCAAACAGGAUUUACUGAAAUCCAUUGUUUCAAGAAUGAAGAAGGCAGUAGAAGAUGAUGUUUUUAUUCCUCUGUAUCCAAAGAGUGCUGUAGAAAAUAAAACAUCACCUCAUUCAAAGUUCCAAGAAAGACAGUUCUGGUCAGGCCUAAAGCUCUUCCACAAUAUUCUUCUUUGGAAUGGACUCCUUACAGAUGACACCUUGCAAGAACUAGGACUAGGGAAGCUGUUAAAUCGUUACCUUAUUAUAGCUCUUCUCAAUGCCACACCUGGGCCAGAUGUGGUUAAAAAGUGCAAUCAGGUAGCAGCAUGUCUACCAGAAAAAUGGUUUGAAAAUUCUGCCACGAGGACAUCUAUUCCACAGCUAGAAAACUUCAUUCAGUUUUUAUUGCAGUCUGCACAUAAAUUAUCUAGAAGUGAAUUCAGGGAUAAAGUCGAAGAAAUAAUUCUUAUUUUGGUGAAAAUAAAAGCUUUGAAUCAAGCAGAAUCCUUCAUAGGAGAGCAUCACCUAGACCAUCUUAAAUCACUAAUUAAUAAAGAUUGAAUAAACUUUAUAGGAAAAUCCUAAAAUUUUAAUAUAGUUACACUCAGUUCCUUUGCUUGAGAAGAAGCUGGUGCCUCUGUCUUCUUUAUUCCCUGUAAGAGAAGGUAGGAUUUGCAAAAAAGCAAGACUCCACCUCUAUUCCCCCCAUUCUCUACCUUCUGGCAUCAUGAAAAGCUGCCACGAUUCUGUGGUGUUCUAAGGAAUUAAAUGCAGUGGAGCUUUAAGAGCUCAAUGUGUUUCCCUUUGAUUCUUUUGGCUGGUCUUUCAGUUUUCUUAAGAGGGGAACUGGAGAAACCUUGCCAAAGGUUUUGGCUUAAGUGAGCAUGCUAGUGAGUCUUCUGUCCUGAACCACAGUAAUAUCUUUUAGUUCUCUUUAACUACCUUUAUUUAAAAAUAAGUCAAUAUGAAAAUCUCAGUUGGAGUCAAUUAUUUGCUGAGUAUUAAAUGAUUAAGGCAUUUGCUGAUUGUCAAAUUGUCCUUUAGAAAAAUCUGUACCAAUUUAAUGUACCAACACAAGUGUAAGUGAGUGCCAGUGAACCCCUACCAGCAUAGUUAUUAUCCUUUUUUUUAAAAUGCAUUGAAAAUUUGAAAGGUAAAAAUAAUCUUAUUUUAAUAGCUCAUUUUGUUUUGGCUAUUAGAGAGUAAACAUACUUGUUUUGGCCAUUUGUAAUUAUUUCUGAAAUAUCCAUCUUUUUGUUAUGGACUUUACGACCUUUAUAUUUUUAAAGAUACUGAAUUUUUGCCCAUGCUUGUGGCAGAAGUUUUCCUUAUUUGCCAUUUUUCUUUUCAUUUUUUUUAAUUAUAUUUUUUGAGACAGGUCUGGCUCUGUCACCAAGGCUGGAGUGUAGUGACACAAUCUCAGCUCACUGCAGCCUCUGCCUCCUGGGCUCAAGCAGUCCUCCCACUUCAACCUCCCAAGUAGCUGGGACUGUAGGCAUGUACCACCACGACCAGCUGAUUUUUGUAUUUUUUUUUUUUAGGGAUGAGGUUUUGCGACCUUGCCCAGGCUGGUCUCAAACUCCUGAGCUCAAGCAAUCUACCCACCUUGACCUCCCAAAGUGCUGGGAUUACAGGCUUAAGCCACCAUAUUUGGCCUUUUUAAAAAUUUGUUGAUUUUUUUAAUGCAUUAAGACAUUACUUGUUAGCAAGUUAUUACUUUGUUUUUUUGUCAUUGGUGGUAGGACUAAGAAAGGAACAGAUAUUUUAAAUACUCAGAACGUGAUUCAUUUUCUGAUAAAAUAUUUGUCUAAUAAGACUGAGGCAAGAUAAUUUAAUCAAAAGAAAUUAAGAGCAUUUUCCAAAAUGUCAGUUUACUAGUAAUUUUUCUAAGUCUACUUAUUAAAUAACUUAAGGGAAACCGUAAAUAUAUUUUGCAAAUUGUUGCCCAAAAGAUAAUUGCAAAAACUUGAAUAUAUUGUAGGAUUUGAAUAUAUAGCCUACUUUUAUGUCACCCCUACCUUCAAAACUACAUAUAAUUUAUUUUAGGAGUUGGGUGUGUUAUGUCCGUUGCAGUGAGGACUUGUGAUUCACUGGUAUGAAGAAUUUUUUAAUGUUUAUCUUAGUAGCAAAAUUAUACAAGAAUAGACUCUCAUCUAGAAAAUUCAAACCAUUGUUGAAAAGCAGUUAGCAUUUCCACACAACUGUUGUCCCCAGAGGUAACUGCUGUUUUCAUUUUAAUGUUAUCCUUUUAGAUCUUUUCUCUAUUUACAAAAAUGUUGCGUUUUUAUGUGUACAUAAAGUUUUGGGUUUUUUUUUUUUCUUUUUACAUAAGUGGCAGAUACUCUAUUGCACAUGCAAUUUGUAAUUUUUUUCUAUUUAAAGUACACAUUUGGAAAUUAUCCUCUAACUUUUGGAUUUUUAACUAAAGAUAUGUUGGAUGUGUUCCUUUAUGUUUUUAAGUUCAGCUAAGAAACCUUCCUACCUUUUUGUGGAAGAUAAAUUAUUAAAACCGCUUUCAAAACUACAAA